AUGUCCGUGACCGUCCAUCAGUCCACCGCCGAUUCGACCUUCCUGGUGACCUUCGCACCGCCUUUCGCCCCAGCCAGAUACGAGGGCAAGUUUCCCGGCUCCUUCAGUAUACUCUUCGACCCAUGGCUUGAUGGCGCGUCGAUCGUGGGACACCCCAAAUUCGCGACCAACAAGCAUACCCACCCAGCCGCAAUCCCCUCGCUUGCCGACGUGAAAGAUGUUGACAUGAUCGUCGUCAGUCAAGAGAAGUCCGAUCACCUGCAUGAGGAGACAUUACGUACCUUGCCGAAAGACACAAAAGUCAAGAUACUGGCGACGCCCAAAGCAGCCAAGAAGAUCUACGAGUGGAAUUACUUUACAGAUCCGAGCAUCAUACGUGUGAUGAGUCCCUACAAUGCAGCCAAAGAUGACACCGUGAUCAGAAUACCGAUAGAAGCAUACUCGUCUACAAGUGCAGAGGGCGAAGUGACCAUAACCAACAUCUCCGAGAAGAGGGACAUCACUGGGCUACACAAUGCCAUUGGCGUGACGUACUGUCCGCCAGGAACGCUACUCAGAGCUGCAGAUGGCACCACCGUUAAGAUGAGCGAGUUACCCGGCAUGGCUUCAUCUCGGCCGAAUACUGCCAAGUCGUCGACGAGCUCUCCCUCUUCGCAGUCACCCAAACCAGCGAGACAGCGUUACCUUCGAGGAUCGCUCGACGAUAUCGAAUACUACGGUCCUUCCAUACCCCGGCAACCUCCCGACAACUACGAUGCCACGACUCAGAAGCCAUCUCAAAAUCGCGCCGAUCCACCCCGAGGCCGACCCACCACAAGUGGCUCCCGACAGCCAACAGCUCACGGAGUUGGCAAGAGGCUGGACAAUUAUGAGAAGGUGCUCACCACGCUCUACACUCCGCACGGUAUCGAGUCCACCAAGCUUCGAUCAUACCUUUCGCAACACCUGCAUCCGUUGAACGGUGCGCUACCUCUCACUGUGCUAUUCCACAGCAUGAACGUUGAAUCCAACCCGUGGUGGAUGGGUGGAUUGAUUAGUGCAGGUGCGCCAGGUGGUGUCAAGGUCGCCAAAGAGGUGGAUGCAAGAUACUGGAUCAGUGCACACGAUGAGAUCAAAGAUAGCUCGGGGUUUGCUGUAAGCUUCAUCAAGAAGCAGGUGUAUACUGCAGAACAUACCACCAAACUGCUGCGCGAGGCAGAGGGAAUUGGUGGAGGACGUGGGAUUGGUACUGAAGUUUGUGUGCUGGGGUGUGGUGGUGAGAGGAGGUUUGUGGGUUGA